AAGACGAAGGCGGCAGCCCGUAAGUCGACGACGGAGCGCGUUCCCGUCAGGGUGUGUGGUGUUGUUUCGUGUAUUUGAACGGGUAUCACGCCAGAUCCGCGCUCAUUCGCAGAUUCGCAGCCAAGCAAGCCAGCCAGCCAGCCAGCCUGUCAGCCAGCCAGCAAGCAAGCAAGCAAGCACCUGUGUGCCACCUGCCACCUACCUCCCUGCCCUCCCCCUUGUCGAGUAACACGUACUCGUGCAGGACGGACGACCGGAUGAGACCGGAGCCAAGCAGAACAGAACAUCUAUCGGAUAGUUCCGCGCGCGCAUUUACGUGUUUGUGGUGGUGUGUCUGUGUGUCGUGCGUGUGCUGUUAGUGUGUCUCGUUGUAGUGGCCGUCGGUUAUCCCGUUGGUGUUUAGUACAGUACCAUACUACGUCCCAGCAGUGGGCUGCUUGCCUCUAAAGUGUGAAACCAGGCCGCCAAGCGACAGAGACUCUGGAAUUACCUCUGGAUUUAUCGGCCAGCAGCAGCCAGCAACAGGAGCAUCCGAAGCAACAACUCGCACCCACCACCGUUGCCGUUGCCGUCAUCGUGUUCCUCGAAAUCCUCCGAGGACCAGUUCUCCAGCGGAUCUCUAGACUGUUGUCCCCAGCGUAGCGCGUAGCCCAGCCCAGUAGAAGCAGCAGCAGCAGCAGCAGCUAGUAGCAAGUGUGUUACGUUCGUUCGCCGCGCACAAGCAAACCGCACAAAACCACACACAAAAUGGCCUUAAUUAUGAAAUACAUCGACAGUAUGCAUCACUACAUGGAUAAGUUCGGAGAUCCCCGGACGAAAGAUUGGCCCCUGAUGUCGUCGCCGCUCCCAACCCUAGCGCUAUGUUUAGGAUAUGUGUACUUAGUCAAAGUUCUGGGUCCUAGGCUAAUGGAAAACCGUAAACCCUUCCAGCUCAAAAAUACCCUCAUAGUGUACAACUUCGUCCAAGUCGUAUUCAGUGCCUGGCUGUUCUAUGAGUGUCUGAUGGGCGGAUGGUGGGAUACGUACAGUUUCCGCUGCCAGCCAGUCGAUCACAGUAACACCGGACAAGCGAUGAGAAUGGUGCAUGCCUGCUGGUGGUAUUACUUCUCAAAAUUCACCGAAUUCUUCGACACGUUCUUCUUUGUGCUGCGCAAAAAGAGUAGUCAAGUGUCUACAUUGCACGUCAUUCACCAUGGAUGUAUGCCAAUGUCGGUAUGGUUUGGUGUAAAGUUCACUCCAGGUGGUCACAGCACAUUCUUCGGCCUUUUGAACACGUUCGUACACAUAGUUAUGUAUACUUACUACUUGUUUACUGCCCUCGGACCGCAAUUCCAGAAGUACCUGUGGUGGAAGAAGUACCUCACCGGUCUACAGAUGGUCCAAUUUGUGCUGAUCAUGGUACACGCUUUCCAACUGUUGUUCAUCGAUUGCAACUAUCCGAAAGCCUUCGUCUGGUGGAUCGGUAUGCAUGCUGUGAUGUUCUUCUUCCUGUUCAACGAGUUCUACCAGAGCACAUACAAAGCCCAGAAGCUGAAGCGAGAAGCGGCCAACAAGAAGCGAGAAGCCGAUGCGCUGCUGCUGAAGCAACAGCAACAGCUAUCGAACGGUGCCACCCAUACGGCCAAUGGUUCUGCGACGUCGGUGGCGUCGGCGACGAACGGCAGCGUCAGCGUAGGCAAUGGUACCGGCAACAAGGCGGCCGAUUACUACGUGCGCGGUGAUCUGCCGGCCGAAAUCGAGCUGACGCACCGGUCGAACACCGCGGGUUCGGUUCAAUAAUGGCGCGCGCGCGAAAAACCGGCGUACUGUUGUUAUAAUUAAUGAUUAAUUUAUUUUAAAACAUCCCAACCCACAACCAAUUCGUGUCUACGAUUCCCGAUAGUACUACUACUACUACUAUUACUACUACCACAAACCACCAACACCGUAACAACCACACGACGAUCGUCGUCGGUCGUGCACGUGCAAUUCAACCCCCAAAACCCAUUCCGUGUGCUGCUACCGAGCGUGAUUGCUUCACCUUUUGUGUUGCCUGCUGGUCCCUUGCUCAUCUAAACUCAUGCUAAACUCCGCCGUUUGGGCGCAUUGGAGAGAGAGAGAGAACAUGAGCAUGAAUUAGGAAUGCACGCAACCGAUUAUCCCGGUUCCGGUUUCGGAAGGUCCUAUAGAUUCGCUACACUACCACUGGUUGUGGUCUGUUCCGGUUCGCGACGUUGGAUAAGCGUCGUAUUUGCGUACCAUUACACAUGUAAUGGUACCCAGGGUCCCGCUAACCGUAAUCGUCCAGUUUAGUGCGUGGAUAAGAAAGUAUCCGCUGGAUUUCGGUGUUUAUACAGUGAUGCUAUUUUGAUAUAGAAAAAAGAAGAUAAAAACUACACUAAUGAAGAGAAGAAGAAAAAAAACAAAACAAAACAAACAAAAAAAAGCAAGAACUGCUUGGGAGUGUGCAGCGAGUGUACAGAAAAAUCGAGAGAAAGAGAGAAAGAAAGAAUUAACAAAAUGCAAAUGCAAGAUGAUAAGGUGACAGUAGAAACUAUUAAGAAAGACGGAAAGAUGCGCAAGAUAUGCAAGAAACAAAUGUAUAGGAAUGUCGCGCAUGCAAAAGCAACGCAGUGCACGCGGGAACAGGGGAGAAAAGAAGAAAACAAUCAAAGAUUCACGACAACGGUUAGGAGAAGGAACGCGACGCGAAGUGGCGAUACGCGCUAAGACAAUGAGUAACGCAAGUGCGAAUAGACAGAGGGAAUUCAGGGCAACGCAAUCAGCGUGCGCGCUUACAUACAGCGUCGCCGUCCUGCUGCGAGCAGCGUUAAUAUCAAUAUCCGCACCGUUAGAGUGUAAGAGCCGAGGGGAACCACAAAGCGCCUCGCCUGUGAGGCGUGGUAUUCGUUGCUCCGCGGUGCGUUGUUGAUGGUGCUGGGCUUUACCCUUUCGAUGUGUCGUCUCGCCUUUAAGCAUUUUCCCUUUCCCAUCAUACCCCCCAACGCCACAUCUUGAGAAGAUGUGGCUCCUAGAGGAUAACCCCGUUUCCCACUCCUCGGUCCUUACUAUUCCUUCCUUUCCGCAAGAAGCUAGGCCCCAAGAAAAGGCGAGCGAGCAAUAGUGUGCUCGGAAGUGAGUGAAGGGUGUAUGUGUGUGCGUGUGUGCGUGUGUAUAUCUGUGUGUGUCCUAGUGUUAUAAGAGAGGAAGGGUUAAGCGACUCGCCAAUUCUAUUUUUCACCCCUACGUUUAAGGAAUGAUUUUUAUUUUUCUUCUUUUGGAAAGCAAUAAAAAGAGAGAAAAUACAUACACAUA